AUGUCCUUACUUUGCAGUCGUAUCUUAUCCAAGCAAUAUGUUUUUGUCCAUCGUCUGAACACCUUCCGAGAGCUUCUUCGUGGAGGAGCUACGUAUGAGCUUAGUGGAUUUGAUGUUACUAGAAGCAACAAUCAUUUCAAGCUUUGUGAUUAUGUUGUGUCUAUCUGGCUGAACGAGUUUAAAAAGAUGGUUGAAGUACCCGCAGUUGCUCCAAUUCCUACAGAGCUGUUCAGGUUCCGAUCUCUUGAGGAACUCAUGGCAUUAGCUAACACUAACGUUCAUCUGCCAGCUGAGCCACUCCACAAGAGGCUGGAGGCUUGUGUUGUCCAACCUAAAGUGAUGGUGGCUAUGAGCAUCAAUCCUAAGUUUCUAGGAGGUGAGUAG